AUGAGCGGGCUCCGAAGUCUAUCGCAGUUUCUCCGCAAGGUUCACAGGAUGUCAAUGUGGUCGAUGCCUUGCCGUGGGCUGGGAGCAUGUGUCGCAAGAAACAGCGGGAGGAUGAUGCUUCACCAAGAAAGUGCCAGAUGGACGGCCAGACGACUGGGAUGUCCACCGUUGAGGCGGAUGUCGGCAUGGACGGAGAGGCGAGUUGAGGGAGUCAUGCGGUUCGAGUUCUCCUCUCCCCAGCUAGGACACGCCAUCAGGUCCUGCGCGGAAGAAGCAGACAGAGCCAUGUCAAGUUUGAGCAAGUAUCUGAGCCUGGUCGUCAUCUACCCGCCCAAUUCGGAGGAGCACGAGGAACAGGAGGAGCAGGAGCUCGUGCUGCCCGAGGCGUUACGAAGGAACUCGUUGACGAUGAUAUCUCGAACUUUCACCGACAAGAACGCGAAGGGAUAUCAUGUCUCGAUCAGCGUCUUGAAGCUGGAGGACGGGGUGAUGCUAGAGAUGUUUACAGCAGAGCAGGAUGGUCUGCCGCAGCUCGACUCUUAUCGUCAGCUGCUUGCACGGGAUCAACCGUCUCCUUUCUUCUUCCUUGCGACGACAGGGAACACCAAGAGGAAGGAGCUUUUCAAGAAGCUCGAGAUGCUUUUCCCUGAGGCCAGCAAGUUCAUGUGCCAAGUGAAAGCAAGCCGUCUUUUCCUCAACGGAGUGCCGAACAAGCUGUGCGUGGGGUUUGUCCUUCAGAGCAAGGAACACGGCGAGCAGAUGAAGACAAUGAUCAUGGAGCUCUUCGGAGAGAUGCGGCUGGCGGAUCUGAAGACGGAUCUAAUGCAUGGGGGAGAUCCUAAGGAGGAAGAGUACAUCCGGGAGAACAUGUGGGCUGCGCCGGUGGUAUCGGGCUUGUUCUUGGACAUGGUGGUGUUUGAACCGAGAUACCGCUUGAUGGUGAAGACAUGCGUCGACCACGGAGCGCUUUUCGUGCUGACGAAGCCAGGAGAGAAGGUUAGGACCAUGUGGAUACCAAGAGGAGAGGACGAUGGGAUGAUGACGGGCUGGCAACAGGUGUUUGAGGACGAGCCGAUAGCUGAGGAGGAUGGCGACACCGCAGAAAUGAUCAAGUCUGAGAUUCUUGGCAACUUGAGCAAAGUUAUCGUAGGAGCAGAAGGUCUUAACCUGGAUAUGAUGCUGUCCAGACUUGCAAAGCUCAACGCAGAUCAGUUGUCCUUUUUUCUCAUACCCCUGCUGCCUGCAUCGACUGAAAGGAAAUACAGGUGGUAUGAAAUGAAGAACAGUUUGGAGCGCAUGCGGAUGCAAUGCCUUAGGGUUCGCGAAAUCAUCGAAGAUGCAUCUGAAGUUCAGUGA